AUGGUACCGACACGUUAUCGACUGGCAACCGGCAAGCUACCGAUAACUUACCGACAAGUAAACGACAAGAACACCAAAUUUUUCGUUUCAUUUUCAGGCAAUAGUCAGCCUGGCUAUGGCUUUAGAGCGCCAGUUUCCCGGGUGCACAGCGAGGAAAUGGAGUGUUAUGAGCAGCAUGUGUAUUACCACGAAACCUUUUUUUAUUACAUAAAAGGCAAACUAAGAGGCCAUUAUGUGACGUUGAAGAGAUACAGGUGGGAAGAGAUGGACGAAGUUCAACAAGAGCAGUUCUCAAAUGAAGUCUCUCUGCUAAGGUAAAAUUCAGCCUGAUUUAGUAUCGCUACGCACAUCGCCGCGGAGAUCACAGACGGCACUUACGAACAUAUCUUACUUCGUGACCUCUUUAUAAUCACUAUUAAUAGUAUCAGUAUUCAUAAUAGCUUGGUAUUGGCUUCACUGGGUUUCACAGUACACUUGUUACUCACUCCGAAAAAUCAUAGCAUGUACAACAGUCGUUGUCUAGCUGCGCGCAAAUUAGUAGGAAUAACCGUUACGCGCGAGGCGCGAGACGGAUUUAUUGUUCUAAACCCUUGCAUAGCACUCGGCUAAUUAAAGACUCCCUCCCUCGAUCAUUCCUUUGUUGCUAUUCAAAGCAACCGUUCUCUAAAGAACCCUCCUUUUCCGGAAGAUCAAUCUCAACAGAUUUUAUGAUAAUGUCUGGAGGAAUGGAAUGACACGUUUUUCUUUCUUUUUCAGCGACUUGCGGCAUCCAAAUAUCCUCCUUCUUAUGGCCGUGUAUGAUAGUACGGAUCCUUUAAAGCGGGGAGUUGUGCUAGAGCCCGUAGAACGUUGCUUCUUAAGAACGCUCCUUCUUGAGAACAAGACUGUCUUUGAUGAGGACACUGUUCUGCGUUUCAGCCGAGACGUAGCAUGCGCAAUGCAGUUUGUUCAUCAGCGAGGUUACAUUCACUGUUAUCUGGGAUCACCUAGUGUGGUAUUGACUGAGGACUUUACGGCAAAGGUUCGUUUCUUAGUUGCUCAUUUAUUGCGGCUUACGCUUUCCACGCUACAAAUAAUUUCGGACUGCAUUUGUGGCCCUCAGAGUUCAAUUCCGUCUUACAAAACUCGGCAAAAAGUUGGCUCGGGUCACCCUCUUUUUUUUUUCGAUGGUGGGGUCACUUUACUAGCCGGGCCAACUCUUCAACAUGUAAGGUCUAUAAGCAAUUUGGUUCUUCCAGCCGGGUCAACUCGAUCAAGGCGAGACAAUAGGGAACUUAAGAAACGACGACGACGACGGCAACAAGAACAACAAAAAAGCAAUAUGAUGCACUCUACACGUGCGUCACGCUUUUUUGUACCUUUCUUUGCCGUCGUUGCACGACUACGACGUGAAACUGCCUGAUUUCACGUUUUAUAGAGGACGUGAACACAAGACAACGACUUUCUUUUUCUUUUUCUGAACGUUGAUACAGUCCUUUAGAAUUCAACUCCAGAAAAAUUCGCUUACAUUCGAUGAAUUGAACGAGACGGAAUAAGCGCGAUAAAGUUUGAAGCAGCACGAAUUCACUUUUUAAGUGACGUUUUUGUGGCCAUCGUAGUCGUUGUUGCUUAAGAUCCCUAAUGGCUCGGGAAAGGGGUCACAUAAACGCUCCCUUAAGAUGACUGGGCUGAGAGGGUGAUUCUCUCUCUCGGAACAAGUUUUCUCAAAAUAAACGGGGCCUAAGCUUUCUUUCUUUCCUCGCCGUGUAUUAACUACAUGCACGUAUGAAGGCGAUUCUUUGAGUCUUAAAACUGUUUCUCUAGAAGGUUCUUACUUUUAAAUAACACAUCAAUAACCAUGGCUGCAACUUGAAUCUCGCCAGAUUUGCAACUUUGAAUUUGCACAACAAGUAAAUGGCGACUGCACUUGCAAUUCCAUCAGCCAUCACGAAACGCUGUAUGGCUGGAUGGCGCCUGAACAACUCAUUGGUAAGCCCGCUGACCAGGCUGGUGAUGUGUUCAGCUUCGGGGUUCUCGUCUGGGAAUGCAUCACAAGAAAGCAUCCUCUUAAUUAUGUCAAAAGUGUAAAACAACUAACAAAGGGAAAAGUUGACCCUCGCUUACAGAAGAUCCCUGGCAACUGGAGCCAAACUUUCAAGGUCUUGAUUGGCGACUGUCUGAAACCUUCCUCCAAAAGGCCAAAUUUCCAGCAGGUAAAGUUCAACUAAAAGCAAUGUAAAAGACACAAAGGGCAGUUUCACUCUAGGAGCCAGGAACAACUCUUCACUCGUUUCUAUUGCUACUAGCCUCCAGGGGAGCAGCAAGCUAACCUUUGGGUCUCCUGUGGUUCCUUUGGCCGGGAAGUGUCCUGUCGUUAUUUAGAUGUUACAUUAUGGAUUUACAUUUUAUAGGAUGAUUUUUAGUAGGUGUGUCCAGCGGUAUCUUUAUAACUCAGUUUUAAAUCGUAACGCUCUUCUUGCGUCAUUCUAAUUCCUUUAAGUUUUUACAUGGUGGCGCGCGCAAACAGUGUUAAAUUAUUUUCGUAUGACUGUCACUGACUUGCCAAUAAAACAAAAAUCAUGAAGUAUUUGUAUUUAAAUUGAAGGACUCCCUUAUAGUCCUUUAUACCCACAACUAUGAAUUGAACCAAUAAAAGGGUAUGUGAUAAGCAAAAUGUGUUCGUCAGUUCAUCGCUUCUCAGCUGAUGCUUUACUACUCAGCAUCUGCUCGCAGCAUAAAACGUACAAUUUGUAUCCUUGUGUUCGAUAUUGGGUCUAAUUAUGUAAAACAUAACGAUAAUCUACCUAUAUAGGUCUAAAAACUGUUCAAUCUCUUUUCACAAGCAAAUUGUUCAAACCACCUUCCUCGUGUCGACUUCAGGCGCUAGGUCAAAAAGAAAAGAGACCUUGUUUUUUAAAAGAAAGCAAAACAAUCUUGGUACUUUCUUUCUUUUGUUCUAGAUUUAUGGAUGGUUAUCUGCCAUAGUGACGUCACAGUACGUAUGUUUACGUCCAAAAAGUUUCAUCGUUGAAGAAGGCAGCAACUUAUUUUCGUCCAGAACUGUAAAAUCAGCGCGCACAACUCAACAGUGA